AUGCAGGUUCGCGUCUACGAUGUUCAUUCAACAGGAACAACGGUACCAAAGGUCGCAUUUGCACACGAAGCGCCAGCCUUAUGUGUUGACUGGAGUGGGGAUGGUACAAAAGUAGCCUCGGGUGGAGCAGACAGAGCAGGCAGAAUGCUUGACGUAGCCACUGGACAAUCGAUUCAUGUUGCGCAACACGAGGAUACCGUCAAAUGUAUACAAUUUCUGGACCAAGGCAACAUUAUUGCCACUGGUAGCUGGGACAAAACGAUCAAGUACUGGGACACACGAUCGCCACAGUCUCUUGCAACUGUUCAAUUACCAGAGCGUUGUUAUUCCAUGGAUUCUCAAGGAUCCCUAAUGGUAGUUGGAGCUGCUGAAAAGCAUAUAUGUGUGAUUGACCUGAAUAACCCUACAGUCAUUUUUAAGCAAUCAACAUCUCCAUUGAGAUGGCAAACGCGUGUCGUCAAAUGCUAUCCAGAUAGCAAAGGUUAUGCUGUGGGAUCCAUCGAGGGAAGAGCAGGCUUUCAGUAUUUGGACCCAAAAGAUGCCUCGAAAAACUUUACAUUCAAAUGUCACCGCGAUGAUGCCAAGAACGUCUAUGCCGUCAACGAUAUCAAGUUUCACCCCAUCUAUGGUACUUUUUCGACUUGUGGAGCAGAUGGUACAGUCAGCUAUUGGGACAAGGAUACGCGAUUACGUUUAAAGUCGUUCAGUAAGACACAUGGACAAAUCACUAGCACAGCAUUCAACAAAGAUGGCAGCAUUUUUGCUUAUGGCGUAAGUUAUGAUUGGUCAAAGGGAUACAAGCAUGCAUCAGCAUCAAGUACAAACAAGAUUUAUCUGCAUGCUGUAAAAGAUGAUGAGAUCAAACCACGUCCAGCCAAGAAACGUUAA